AUGUUGAUGGAUCUCGUAAGCCCUUUGUUUCUUUCAUCAUUGAUAGUCAUAGUGUGCUUAGGCAGCUUAUCUCGCUCAUUCACUGGUGUUGCCAGUGGAGCAACUAGAGCAGCAUUAACACAGCAUUUUGCACUUGCAAAUAAUGCAGCUGAUAUAUCUGCAAAGGAGGGCAGCCAGGAGACACUUGCAACAAUGUCUGGAAUGGGACUAGGAAUGCUGUUGGCGCAUGUUACCAGGGGGCAUGAUUUUGUUGUAUGGGUUUCAUUCCUUUCUCUCACAAUAUUCCAUAUGUUCGCAAAUUACAAGGCAGUGCAGUCACUUUCACUCAGUACACUAAAUUAUGAGAGAACUUCCAUUUUGCUGCAUUCUUUUAUGGAAGAUGAUGAAGUUCUUACUCCACAACAAGUUUCCAAGCAAGAGCACAUUCUUCCGUUUUGGUCAACCUGGCGGAAAUUUCUUAGAGUUAAACUUCCACAUGAGCUUGUACACCUAGGUGCUAAAGCCUCAACUCUUACACACUCUGAUAUGUUGCUAAUUGCGAAAACAAGAUCCUACUAUACAAAUGCCAACUACAUUUUGCUGGACAAGGAAGGCAGCGUUCACAUUUUCAUACACAAGCAAGCAGUGGCAACUGAUGUUUUGAAGUCCUUCAUACAUGGGCUCGUCUUAGCACGUCUGAUGCAGAAGAGCAAAUCUUGCCAUGCGGAGGCUCACCAAUGGAUGGAUGAGAAAUACAGCACCUUCAUCUCAAAGCUGAAACUGGAAGGUUACUCAACAGAACAGCUUCUCUCGCAUUCGAUUGUUUGGAAGGCACAUUGGCUUUACGGUCAAUCGGAUGAGAAGACAAAGUAGGAGGAAACAGCUGUAGAUGGUAGUAUCUAUUUGACAUGGCCGCGUUGUAUGACGAAGGAUGUGCAUUGCCAGGAACGAACUGUUACAGAAGAGCAAAGAAAGCACCAGCAGAUGGUGAAACCGAGAAUUGGGGAGAGAAGGAAGCAAAAGACUAAAAAUCAUUCAUGUUGCCUAGCUAACUGAUGUUCUCCUGCAAAGUGAUUCCACACUACUGGAAAUUCACACAUUGUUGAAUUUUUCCAGUCCUAGUUUCAUCAAGUUGCACAAAUUCGGCAGCUCCAUUGUAACAGGGCUUGGACUUAUGAAUCCGUUGGUAUUGUUCAAAUCGAGAACUGCAUCACGCAUGCUGUUUUUAUUU